AUGAUCGAUUAUGGAAUUAACUUGGGUGACGAAGCUGUUCGUUUUAUUCCAUGUCCUGGUAACUCACCAUGUUGUAGCUUUUCAGCAACGGAAUCUCAUCUCUUCUUUGGUCACAUUGGCGGUGAAAUCACUGUUUGUUGUAUGAACCACCAAUCUCUUUCCAUGCAGGUUGUUGCUAACAAGAAAAUAUUGAAUUCUACUGGUUUUAAUUUAGAGCAGAGUGAAAUAAAUAGUACAGAUUCACUUGAUUCUCUUAUGAUAGAUUGUAUUUGUGCUUGUCCUUUGACUUCAAUGGAAGAGACACUUUUAUCGGUUUUACAUGGUCGUCACACUGUGACGUUUUUAAAAUUCAACUCUUCGGAUAAAAUACAUGAAGGAGAAAAUAACUUGAAUAUAUAUCGCUCAGUGGAACUUCACAUGGAUGAGGGAUUUUUUCAGUAUACAAAUCGUACAACAGCGCAUUGCUGGAUUGAUAAUGAUACAUUUCUUGUUGGUUGCCUUGACGGAACUGUAUUGGCUGUCUCCGCAACAGAAGAAGUUUCACCGUGUAUUUUGUUGAAGGAAGAAUCACCAAUUGUACAAAUUUCAUGGAAUGUGAUGAAUAAUAUAUUUGUUAUUUCUUCUUUACGUCGUAGUGUUGUUGCUACAUAUAUGAAUGAUUCUCUGCAUGUAGUCCCAAUAGGAAGUAAACCAAGAGAGGAAGGUGUAUUUGGGGCUUGUGUUUGGCCUCUUAACGGUAGAGUGUAUGCGGCUCGGCAUAAUGCCCGUAUAUUUGAAUAUGAUACUACCGCUAGUGUGGUUACGCGUACAUAUCGUAUUCCCCAAGAUGUCGAGUUAGGCAUAAUGAAACCUCUUCUAAUACUAUCGAUGCCAUCAUCAUCAUCAUCAUCAUUGCUAAGAAAUACAUCUGAAAGUACGGACAAUCAUAUAGGAACUGAGGAAAGUGUAGAGAGGUUACAGUUUCCCAUAUUUUUAUGGUCAGAAGGGAAGAAUUUUGUUGGUAUCUUAGUUUUAACGUCUGAAGAUAUUUUUCAGGUAACACGACGUUUUACAGAUUUUUCUGUUGUUUCCACCGUACUUCUCUCUUCAUGGGCAUUAGUGUUAUGCUCAAAUGAUCACCUUAUGUGUGUUCCUUUAGUAAGGGAUGGGAUGCAAUCUCAACACGGCAGUGAUGAUACUUCUACUAACACAUUAGAGCCCCCAUCACUGGAACCAGUGGGAAUCUCAAAAACAGUGUACAAUAACGACAAUAAUAAUGAUAAUAAUAACGAUAAUAAUAAUAAUAAUAAUGAUCUCAUUACUACUUCCUCUUCUCUUAAAAUAAGUACUAUGGUCCGACGAAAGAGAAUAGUGAAGAAGAAGGUGCUUCUCGUGACGCGCCGCAGAAAAGUAGUAAAUGGUGAAAUACCGCAGCAGACAUUGGCGCCGAGUUCACACAGUACAAUAGCUGUAGGAUUUACUGAACCAUCUUUUUCUUCUACUCUCAAUAGUACUGAUAAUAAUGAUAAUGCCAAUGAUGAUAAUAAUAGUAAUGAGAGACACAGUAAUGAUAAACGUGAUCCUUCUCCAAAUUCCUCUUUUCCAAACGGAGAAACUUCAUCCAACAAUAUGAUAUUAUCGGAAGCAACAACUCUGGGUACUACUGCUAAUGAGAAUGAGUGUUUGGACAACAAGGUAAACAGAGAGGACCAAAUUAAAUUAACUAUUGAAAACUCAACUAUAUCAUCCUCUUUAGAAAAGGAAGAAAAAGAAGAAGAAAAAGUUCCUCUUGGUGAAAAUAGUGUAACUAGUUCUUCCAAGAUUGGUAGUAUGGAGAAAGAAGGUGAAAUAACAGAGAAAACAUUAAGAGAUAACUACCACCGAUUUCGUGUAGGGGUAAAUCACUUGAUACGUCUCUUUAAUGUUCAUGCUCUCCAUGUUGGAGAACAUUCUCAAAUUUACGCCAAUGUACUAGAGUUUCUUCCUUUCUUAGAGGAACAGAUGAUUGAAGCUGGACUUUUACUCUGGCCAUUUCAGGUGGUUUUACAUUUCUCAAGAAUAGGCUCGUGCUGUACUCAUUUACACUUGGCAUCUGGUCGUGCUAAAGAAACUAUUGGAAAGUUCUUUACUGAAGAAGAAGUUAUAGUAAAUGCUCUUCGUAAUGUACUAAGAUUUGCUCUUACAUGGUCUCUUCAUGAUACUACUGAAAAGUGGGAAAACUGUUGUAUGAAAACGCUUUAUUUACUACAUUUACUACUUGCAAUUCCAUGGCCUAUUUCUUCUGCAUCCGUUAUACAUACUAAAAAUAAAUCUUCUUUAACAAACCCUGGGGAAGAAGAGGAGGAGUUAGUCCUUCAGAAACUAGCAGAAGAGCAUUGGAUGAAGGAAGCUGAUAUUAUUGAAAAAUUAGUAGAACGCUCUGGGGCUGAUAGUAAUUACCUUGCACUGGUAAUUACACUCAGUAACUAUGUUGUAUUUUCUCCACAAACAAUUCAACCAGGUGGUGUGAGAUCGUUACGUCUUUCAGCUCUUAUGAAUGGUUACGAAAAAACUGCUGUAGAGUUGGCUCAUCUUCAAGCCACACGAUACAUCUCUAUAGAUUGUAAACGGCCGUUGCAUAUUGAGUUUCAAAUGGAGGAACUUAUUAUUAAACAAUCUCCUAAUAUUCUUGAAGUAUUUGAAGCUACAUUAUAUCCAUAUUCUGCCUUUUUUACAUAUUUUCCUUAUGUUUUUGCCACUUUUCCAUCCAAAGCUAUCAUUUUAGCAUUACAGCAUUAUCCUGGCACUUCUCUUUCAUACUUUGAGUGGGCAUUAUCAAGUAAUGUGCAGGGUACAGCAUAUCAAAUUCUACGAGAUGUUGGAAGUGAAUUGACGCGUCUUUCUCUUAAAGAUCUAGCAGAUGGUUUGGCAGAUUUGAUUUUAGCAUUGUACGAAACUGCAAGAUCUAGUCUUUUUGAUUCUCUUCCUGACUACUUAACUUGCUUACGAAUUUUACUUCAACAUCAUUUCACAUUAAUGCAGUGGACAAUGGAGGCUGAACGUGAACGGUUUAAGACGACAAUGGAAGGUCUUUGCGAUUCUAAAGGAGAGAGAGAAUUACAACUUCAAAUGGAAAAGGAAAGAGUAGGGAGUAUGAGGUUAACUAUGCCAUUUAUUCGACGUAAACUGGAUCGACUUGAAGAUGUUAUUCUAGAUCUUCUUCAACAUGUACAAACUGUGAUGAAUGCUUUAACCGCCAAAGGGACAGGAUCAGAGGGGAAACGGCAGUUGCAGCAGGAUAUACUGGAUCUCUUGGAGGAGUUUGAAUUUCCUGAAGGUAUUCUGGCGUUAUCAUGGACGCGAGAGUUUAUUAGCCGAUGUAUCUCUAAAAGCCGUGUGGAGCGUCUUAUGCCACUUUUUCAGCUUCCACGCGGUGGUACAGAGAGUGACUGGGUCUUCUUAUUCCAACAAGCGUAUGAGGAUGGUACAUUAGAAGUUGCCAUGUUAUUCUGUCUCACUGUGGAGAAAAUACCGAGCCGCGUGGAGCAUUUGCUGCGAGCUGCAUUUCCAACGCGGGCUGGAUCUGUAGAGGCUGCGAGUGGUGAUGAGCAGCUUGAACGUGUAGUGAAAAAACUCAGUAUGUUGUCUUGA